GCUCGUCAGUGUUGAAGUUGGUUCAGGUUCAGUUUCAGUUACGUUUUGGCGUUUUACGGUAACGUUGCGGACAACGACAACGACAACAAGAACGAUAACAACAACAACAACAACAACAACAACAAUAUCAACAGUUAGCUCUAGAAAAUAAAUCAGCGAGCUAAACACGACAUAAAGUGCCGUUAGACGACGAAGACGACGACGAUCAAAGAUCGACGGAAAGUAAAAGCGCUAUUGGAUCCAAGAGACUCUCACACACACACACACACACAACAUGGCUGAUACCAUCAACAAGCCCAGCAUACAAAUUCGCAGCGGUCUGCCCUCCCCGCUGCCCGACAAGAGCCCCUCGCCGGCCACCAAGCUGCUGAUCAGCCACGGCAAACCCAACUUCACCAUCGCCCGUUCGCCCAGUGUGAAAGACAAUGGCAAUCCGUUGUCACCGCAGCCCAAUGCCAACAACAACUACAAUGCCUACAAAAGUGCCAACAACAACAACGUGAACAACAACAACAAAUUUGUGGUUGGCACCAAGUUCAAUGGCGUCUUUAAGCCUUCGAAUGCAGCCGCCACUUGGGCGACCAGCAAUGGCAAUGCCAAUGGAAAUGGAGCUACGGAUCAAAAUGAGGCCGCCAAGGUGGUGCUGCGUCGUCCCAAGCUGGCGGAUGUGGAGCCCGUGGCAACGACAGCGGAGGAUGAGAAUGUGCCGGAGUUUAUAAGACGCCAGCGACGCAUUCAGGAGCGUCUGGCCAAGGAGAAUGUGCUGGACUUUGAGAAUCGACGCAGUGGUUACUUUACGCAUGUUAUGAUCUCGCCGGAUUCACCGAAUCGCACCUCCUUUGUUGAGACAAUGGCCAGUCCGGCCAUUGUGCCGUCCCUUGAGAUGCCCCUGCCGGCCAGGAUUGAGGAGGAGCAGCCCCAGAUUACAAAUGGCCACAGCGAGCCGGAGGCGCGUUCCCUGCCCACCAAUGGUCAUCGGGAGGCGGAAGUGGAGUCGUCGCAAGCUGUCAGCAAUGGACAUGCCCAGGACGAUGUGGCCGCUGAGGAAGUGGCCAAGGCCAUUGAGGAGGUCAACAAGGCGGUGGCUGGCGAGGAUGAUGCGGAGACAGUGGAGACAGUCGAAGCGAAACCCCAAGUCGAAGUCGUUGUGCCCGCUGCUGUCGAGGCACAGGUGGAGGUCAUAACGCCAGUGGCUGCCGUUGAACCCGUGUCGCCUCCUGUCCAGAAUGGAGAUGCAGCUGCCAGCAAUGGCCAUGAUGAGACUAUUACCAUUUCCCAUACCAAUGGCCAUGCCAGCGAGACAGCCGAUGCCAGCGAUGCCAAGUACGGACCCGAGAAAGUCAUUCCCUUCGCGCAGAAAAUCGCCGGAGCUGAGAAUAACGAUUCCGAUUCACCAGUCAAGGUGCUGAAGGAUGAGGCUAAGUCAGCAGCCGAUGCUGAGCUGCAGGAAAUGGCGAAACUGAAGUUCGACAUUAAGAAAGAUGGCCAGGAUGAGGUGCAAGUGACGUCCGCUUUGCGUUCUACGGAAUAAGCUCAGCCGAUUCCGUUGUCCGUUCCUCGUUCGGGUUUAGUGCAAUUGUUAUUAAUCAAAAAAUAUUAAAACACUAACUAUGUAUUGUAUUUUGUGUUAGCCUCUAAGUUCAUUAUGAAAAAUGUUGCCAAAUUUAAUUUUAUGCUUCACGCAUCAGUCAGUAUCCGUAGAUACUUAUCCGCAGAUACGUAUCUGUAUCCGUAUCUGUAUCUGUAUCUUUGUACAUUCGUAGAUACAAUACGAGCCAACUGUUGAGGCGGUCUCUCGUCAGACCUGCUAUACUUAAUUAUGUUUAUUUCAAACAAUUUGCUUUAUUUAAAUAAAUUAUUAUUAUUGAAAUACUUGA